GGCUCCGGGCCGUGAGCGGCCGCGGAAAGGCUUUUGACAAAACAACAACAACAACAACAACAACAAAAAAAAACCCCUUGACCACCAAGGCCAGCCUCUUCCUGAAAGCCCCGAACGCUCCGAUACAGGAAGUAGAAGGGAGCGGGCGCCCCAGAGCGCGGCGGCUUCCCACUUGGCGCGCGGCGGCGCCCGCCGGGCCCUUCCCGAGGGCCAGCGCUCGCCGCAUGCGGGCGCCCGGGCCACCGCGGCCCGCGCCGCCCGGCGCCUGAGCCCUUCCGUCCACCGUCUGCGAGCGGCCGGCGGCAUGAUCCGACGGGCCGGGGCGCCCGCUCGCGAGGACCCCGCGGGUCCUAUUCCAGAUGUUGACAAAGGAGAGGAAGAGAAGGAGGAAGAUGGCGUGGGGCCUUGCCUGCCAGUCACCCAGAAGAACUGCAGCACCCCUCGGGGCAUCAGCGUCCUGGAGAAGCUCAUCAAAACGUGCCCGGUGUGGCUGCAGCUGGGCCUGGGCCGGGCGGAGGCGGCCAGGAUCCUGCAGCAGGAGGCAGCCGGGACAUUCCUGGUUCGCCGAGAUGGCUGCUUGCAGCACCUGGUGCUCUGUGUCCAUUUUCCUUCGCUGAAUGAGAGCUCAUCCGAGGUGCUCGAAUACACCAUUAAAGAAGAAAAAUCGAUAUUGUACCUGGAAGGCUCAGUUCUUGUGUUUGAGGACAUCUUCAGACUGAUCGCGUUCUACUGUGUCAGUAGAGACUUACUGCCCUUCAGGCUGAGGCUGCCGCAGGCCAUCCUCGAGGCCAGCAGCUUCACGGACCUCAAGACCAUCUCCGACCUGGGCCUGGGCUUCUGGGACUCCUCGCUGCACCCCCGGCAUACAGGUGGGAGCCCAGUGGAACCCCCAAGGGACUCAGCCCCCAGGGCAACCCCCGCCUCCAGCCUCAGGUCUGCUUCCCAUUAUGAAAACUGCUCGUGUGAAAUUGAACUCUCCGUUGGAAGGGACCGCCUGUGGUUUGUGAAUCCCAUCUUCGUGGAGGACUGUGGCGGUGCCCUGCCUGCCGACCUGCGGUCCCUGAGGAGCUGCCCCGUUGGCCCGUUGCCUCCCACCUCUGACUCUACCUCACCCACCUCCAGGUGGGCCCCUCGCCGCCCAGCACCCCCUCCCCCAGUGUCCCCUCUCCAUCCCCUCAGUCCCGCCCGGCCUCCGCUGCCCCCUGCUCCACCUCUGGCCUGUCCUUUGCCCAGCUCUCCUGCACCUCCAGAGACCCUUCCUCCUGCAUCUCCAGCAUCUGCCUCUCACCUGGCACCGCAUGCCCUCGGGCCUUUGGACCAUCCAAGCCAGCCCCCUAUGACAGCCUGUGAGAGGCUCCCAUGCCCCCCCACAGGCCCGGGCCCCCUCACGGAGGAAAAGGUGAAGCCGGGGACAGCCCUCAGCCCCCUGCAGCAGGCCCCCACCCCUCCAAGGCCAGCAAAGAAGGGCGUCCCUGCUGCUCCUCCCAGGCGCCGAGUAUCCGAGAAGGUCUCCCUGGAGGACCAGGGUGAAGGGAAGACGUACCGGUGCACAAUGGCACAGUGGGACCAGCCGGAUCUUUGCAGGGCACCCACACUCAGCCUGCCUCCCCAGGAGACCUCAGACAGUCCUGGGGAUGGGCCUCAGAGGACCGCAGAGCAAGGUCAGGAAGCAGCACCCAAAGCCAGCGAUCUAGGCAGCGUGCCAGAGCUGCCCAAGAAACCCCGGCAACCCCCAGUCCCGCCUCCGAGGAAGAAAAGGGUCUCUCGGCAACUGGCCUCGAUCCUCCCAAGCCCCUUGGAGAGCGCUGAGCUCUCCAUGGAGGAGGGAGUCCCCCCGAAACCCACCCCUGGCCCACCCCGAGAAGGCCAAAGCCCUGCCUCCCAAACCAGGACUCAGAGCACACAGGCCCAGGCCAGCUCCCGGCCCCAGAGCACUCCCGAGUUCAAAGGCUCCCUGGCCUCCCUUUCGGACAGUGUGGGAGUCCCCGCCGCGGCCACAGAUCAGGACUCCUACUCGACCAGCAGCACGGAGGAGGAGCUGGAGCAGUUCAGCAGCCCCAGCGUGAAGAAGAAGCCGUCCCUGAUCCUGGGCAAGGCGCGGCACCGCCUGAGCCUGGUGAGCUUCACCAACGUCUUCCACGCCUUUCUCUCCAACAACCGCAAGCUGUACAAGAAGGUGGUGGAGCUGGCCCAGGACAAGGCCUCGUACUUUGGCAACCUGGUGCAGGACUACAAGGUGUAUAGCCUGGAGAUGAUGGCGCGCCAGGCCUGCAGCACCGAGAUGCUGCAGGAGAUCCGCACCAUGAUGACCCAGCUCAAGAGCUACCUGCUGCAGAGCACCGAGCUCAAGGUGCUGGUGGACCCCGCCCUGCACUCCCAAGAGGAGCUGGAAGCGAUUGUGGAAUCCGCCUUGUACAAGUGUGUCUUGAAGCCCCUGAAAGAAGCCAUCAACUCGCGCCUCCAUGAGAUCCACAGCAAGGACGGCUCGCUGCAGCAGCUCAAGGAGAACCAGCUGGUGAUUCUGGCUACUACCACCACCGAUCUGGGCGUGACCACCAGCGUGCCAGAGGUACCCGUCAUGGAGAAGAUCCUGCAGAAGUUCGCCAGCAUGCACAAGGCCUACUCACCCGAGAAGAAGAUCUCCAUUCUGCUCAAGACCUGUAAGCUCAUCUACGAUUCCAUGGCCCUCGGCAACCCAGGAAAGCCCUACGGGGCAGAUGACUUCCUGCCGGUGCUCAUGUACGUGCUGGCCCGCAGCAACCUCACAGAGAUGCUCCUGGACGUGGAGUACAUGAUGGAGCUUAUGGACCCCGCCCUGCAGCUGGGGGAAGGUUCCUACUAUCUGACCACCACCUACGGGGCCCUGGAACACGUCAAGAACUACGACAAGAUGACAGUGACCCGGCAGCUGAGCAUGGAGGUGCAGGACUCCAUCCACCGCUGGGAGCGCCGGCGCACGCUCAACAAGGCCCGGGCCUCCCGCUCCUCCGUGCAGGACUUCAUCUGCGUGUCGUACCUGGAGCCGGAGCACCAGUCACGGACACUGGCGUCGCGGGCGGACACACAGGCCACGGCGCUGUGCGCACAGUGCGCCGAGAAGUUCGAGGUGGCGCAGCCCCAGGACCACAGGCUCUUCGUGCUGGUGGACGGGCGCUGCUUCCAGCUGGCGGACGACGCGCUGCCGCACCACAUCAAGGGCUAUCUGCUGCGGAGCGAGCCCAAGCGCGACUUCCACUUCGUGUACCGGCCCCUGGACGGCGGGGGCAGCGGGGACCCACCCUGCCUCGUGGUGCAGGAGCCCAACUUCCUGUGAGGCCCGGGCCCCCAAGGGCCCCUCUGUGACAGUGUUUACCAAGGCUGGUGGGGUGGGGAAGCGGGCAAACUGGGGUCACACUCCCUCACCCCCACGCUCACACUCAGCUGCACCCCUCAUACGUGCAGGAGCCCCACAUCUGACCACACACACUCAACAUGGGUGCCCAUGUGUCAUACCUGCCUGGAACCCUCUGGGCAUGCCUAGGCCACCGUGGCAGGACAGCUGUGAAAACGACCAGAAUUGGUGACCAAGCGUGCUUCCUGAAGGAGAGAUGGAGCACUGGGAGGCCAAGUUACAUGUUAGCCAUAAAGGGAAACUGAGGCUGAAAGAGAGAAGGGACUCUCCAGCCAGCUGCAGCACAAAGAGCUCAAGCCCGGCCCCGGUUCACUCACAGCCUCUGCCUGACCCGCUUCGGCUGCCCAGCCCCAAGGAUUCCCCUCGCGCCCCUGGAUGGCGCUGGGAUGUUUUGGAUCUCAGGAGUAUCUCAGGGUGUGUGUGAAGAGAGGGGGCCCCCUCCCGCCCCAGGGCCUGCGCGAGGCUACCACAGCGAGACAUACACCGGGACCCCCAAACGAGGCCAGCACCGCGGCCACAUGGGCGAGCCCAGCCUCAGCCCCCCUGGGAACACUGACAGGGCCCUCCCCCUGGUGGGCACCCAGGGCUCUGGCAAGAGGCACCGUGUGGGGAGAGUUUAAUAAAAGCCCUUU